UUUUACCAUCUCUAGUCGAUUUUUCAAAAAAAUUUCUAUCGAUAGUAGUCCAUCUUUAGCGAAAAGUGAAAAAUUAUAUUCCGAAAAAGUUUUUCUUUUUAGUAAUUUACGCGGCACACCAAAAGUCAAAACAUUUAUUAUACUUAAGUAGCAUUUGUAGGGAUCAGGGGAUUGAAUAGGUCACAAUUCAAAUCACACUUGGACUAACGUCAACCGGACGAAUUCCUCAGUUGUUUUCGCACACACCCAUACAAACACAUUCAAUGACAGGGACACGGGCGGUACCAUUAUUCUUUCGCAUUUUCUUAGGAGUUCUUUGAGAUCAUAUUUUAGCCUUUAGCUGCUGCCUUAUACAUAAAAGAAACACAUAUAUCACUUUCUGUAUUUUGCCCUCAUUAUAUUGUAUUUUGUUGCAACUGAAAUUGAUUUGAAAACCGACCAAACCAAACCUUUCCCAAAUGAUAAACAUACAGACCAUAGAAAAUGUCACGGACUGCACGCCACUGUACCUGCCGCACAGCUUGUAUCUCAAGCCUGUGGCAAAAAUGCAAAUCUCCGUCUCGCUGCCGCCUAUUAAAUCCGGCAAAUCCGUAUCCAACUUAGAGAUAAUGGACAAACUGAGCACCGAGCUCAAACCUGACAAGUUUCUGUUGCUCAAAGUUUCAAAGAGCACUGUAAACACAAUUCGCUUUGAAGCCGAAUUGGAUGAGCGCAAGCGGCUUAGGCUGGCCAUCCAACGCCUGGAUGGCAUUUCACUUCGUCUCUCCGGUUUCAGCGAAUCCUUUCGGAUUCGUUGCACCGAAUCCAAAGACGAGUUUCCCACGCGCCACGACUGGGAUUCAUAUUUCCGCGAUGCCAGGAACAUGGACGAAAUGAAAGCUGGCGAGCGGCCGGACACGAUCCACAUCAGUCAUCUACCUAUGCGCUGGUUCUGCCCUCGGCACUCUGAGCAUGAGGAGAACGUCAAGCCCAGCGAGAGCAUAUUCAAGCGCAUUUUUGAAAAGUUUGGACGCGUCCGAGCCGUGGACAUUCCCAUCUGCGAUCCAUACCGCAAAAGCAUGCAAGCAGAAAUCAGCGGAAUGCGUACGUUUAGUUUCGAACAGGAUGUGCUCUUCGAGGCGUUUGUUCAAUUCGAAGAAUACUCUAGCUUCGUCCGGGCGAUGGACGAGUUCAGAGGCACUAAGCUAGUCCGCAAGUUUGUGGAUAAAACACAAGCCAUAAACAUAUGCGUCAACUUUGACAAGCAGAAGCAUCUGAGCGACUCGCAAAUCCAGCGCAGGGACCGCAUGCGAAAGAAGUGCGUUGCCAAGGCCCAGGCGGAGGACGAGGAACGGGAGAAACUUAAAAAGCAACAGGCUGACCAGCUGGAGCGUGAAAGGCAAAAGCAAGAAGAGUUGAAAUUAGCGGAAGAACAAAAACAGCGUGAGCGUGAAGAAAAGCGGAAAGAAAAGCAUUUGAAAAAGAUCCAGGAGCGGGGUCAGGUGGAAAUUUCGCAAAAAAUUCGCUUGGAGGAACGCAAGCUGAUGAUAGCCCAACGCAAGCUGGAAAGUAUUCGAACACUGGAAAAGCUUUUUGAGCGCAUACAGUUUAAGCAAAAGGACAAGAAAAAUCGAGCCAAGCAUGACGACGCCAAGGACAUUCAACGGGAACGAUUGGUGGAAAAGUACAAGGCGGCCACUGAAAAGCUUGUGUGCGAUCAACGUAAAAUUGUACAGGACAUAAAGAGCAAUACACCGUUGCUGGGCCUGCUCAAGAGUAAAUCGAAAAAGAGUACGGCUGCCGACGCCAGCAGUGAUGAUGAUGCGGCUGCCAGCAAGAAGCAUAAGGCCACCAAUGGGGAAUCCAAUGGACCGGCAGCCAGAGCUUCCCUUGCCGACGAUCCCAACUCUGCGUUGAAUCCCUUCAAGGCAGUGGCUGCCAUGGCUGCUGGUGCAGUGCCUGGAACAGCGAACUAUAAUGCGGAGGCGGCCAGUGAGUGGAUGAAGUCACUGCAAAUGUUUGGCUACGGUCUGCCAGGAGUUUUUCCAGGCGCACUUUAUCGCCCCCCUGCGCCGUUUCCCGUCUCUAGUAAUUAUCGCGGGUUUGCUCCGCGCCCUCGGCUUCGAGGCAGGGGUCGUGGCAGCGGCCUAAGAGGCAGCCGUUCUGGAUACGACUCGUACUACAAUCCCAAGCACGAUCGCUACGAUGAUGAAGGAGAUAAUGGCUACUAUCACAAGUCAUCGCGCGGCAGAAAUCGGUCGCGGUCUACAUCUUCCUAUUCCAGGAGUCGAAGCAGAUCCCGCGGACGCCGAAUUGUUUGUCGUUCUAGGCGGUCCCAGUCGCGAAGUCCUAGUCGCAGUCGCUCUCACUACAGAAAGUCUUCAUAUUCAUCGAGGUCGAGGCGCAGUCACAGUCGGUCCCAUUCACGCAGCCGCAGCAAGACACCACAACGCAAGAACCGCAAGUUGGCCUCUACUCGGCGCUCCCGCUCGAGCAGCUACUCCAGAUCUCGAUCCCACUCACAUUCCCGCCGCGAACACCGCAGCCGCCACCGGAGUCGCACUCGCAGUCGCAGCCGUUCCCGAAGCCCCACACCGAAAAGCGUUAAAUUGGAGGCGAAUGAAUUGGUUGCCUCUGCUGAGCAUAUACAGCGCACCAUCGAGAAACACACCAAGGACCGGAUGCGGGAGGAAGAGCGGGAAAUCAAGCAGAAUUUCCGCCAGCCACGGCACAACAGCCACAGCAACCACAUGGACCUGCCAGACGACCACGAAGAUAAAAAUGAUCGACAUGAUGGCAGCAAGCGCAGUAGCCGUCGCAACUCACUGGCUGCCUGAAACAUAUUUUUUAGUUUAGCUGUUAGUAGUUCCACAAAUAAAAGUUUUAAGUUAUUCUGCA